AUGGCGCAGAAGGGCGUUGGUUACAGUGUGGAUGCACCUCCACACCGAGGUCUUGACACUACACCUGCACCUGAGACGGAAGAUCCUGUGAAUCCACCUCCAUCACCGGACACUGUCCACACCGGUCAUGAGACUGAGCUGAAGACUUUACUGGAUAAUAAUUGUGAUUGUGUGCUGUGCUUUUUUGGCCAAUGUGUCCAAAUUAGUUUAGCUGUAUUGCUUUUCCUUGCAGAGAAGCACUCGCUGUAUUACAUUUACACGGCUCUGUCCAAACCUGUGGAUCUGCCGGGCAUCUAUCAGUUCACUGCUAUGGGUCUGCUAGAUGACAGAGAGAUUGACUAUUACAAUAGUGAGGAACAGAGGAAGAUUCCCAAACAGCACUGGAUGAAAGAGAAAAUGCAGGAGGAUUACUGGGAAAAAGGCACCCAGUCCAGAAAGAGCAAAGAACAGUGGUUUAAUGUGAAUGUUGAUAUUCUGAUGAAACGCAUGAGACACAAUGAAUCAGAUCUUCAUGUUCUUCAGUGGAGACACGGUUGUGAAAUUGAGAAACAAGGAGAUGAAGUGAAGUUUUCCAAAGGCAUUGAUGAGUACAGCUAUGAUGGAGCAAACUUUUUGUCUUUUGAUGAUAAAGAGUCUCAGUGGGUCGCUCCUGUUGCUGCAGCUAUACCAACCAAGAGAAAAUGGGACAAUGUGCCGAUCCUAAACCAAUACACCAAAGGAUACCUGGAGAAAGAGUGUGUGGACUGGCUCAACAAAUUUAGAGACUAUGCAUACGAGGAGCUCAGAAACGGCUCUCGUCCAGAAGUUCAUGUGUUUGCAAAAAGGUCUUUCAGAGACAAAACCAAGCUGAAACUCACCUGUCUGGCCACCGGUUUCUACCCCAGAGACACAUUCUUGACCAUCACAAAAUAUCGCUCACCUCUGCCUGAAGAUGAGGUUGAAUCCACAGGAAUCAGACCAAACCAUGAUGGGACCUUCCAGCUGAGGAAGAGUGUGGAGAUCAGUGAGGAUGAAAAAGAUGAAUAUGAUUGUUUUGUUGCUUACAGAACCCUCAACAAAACAAUUAUCGUCAGAUGGGAGAUUUUGACCAUUCUUAAGACUGCAGAAUUUGCUGCUCUUACUGUGAUUCUUCUUCAGAUCAUCUGA